AUCUCUAAGGAGCAACAUUUCUUUGAGGGAGAUACUAUUUCUUCUGAUUCUAACUCUCCUGCAGUUAAAAACCAGAGAAGAAAUGGCCUGAUCAAAACCUUCUGAGAUGUCAGAAAGAGACAAACAAUGGACAAAUCUUGGCAAAUAGAUUGACUUUGGUAAUCAGAUAAAAUUUAUUUCAGGGAUGUCGGCUCAGCCUGACACAUCACAUCACGUGAGUUACUUUUCACUUGUUAAAUUGGUUUAUGUUAAUAUUGUAUCAUGAUUACAACCACUUCAACAUGGAUAUAUUACUUUUUGGAUGUCCUAAUUCAACUUUUUUUUGUAAUUUCACUGGAGCGACAGCCAGCGGAGAUGUUUUUUCAACAUCCGUUUCAAGAAAACGGAUGUGUGUAUCUUACAGAAUGAUCAAGAAUUUGUGGUUUUUUCAAUCUGUUUUUGUAGCUCAUUUUCAAUUACGUCAUGGUGUUACUGGCAAAAAACAUAAAGCUGCAUAGUUUCCGAUAGAUAAGCCAUAUGGUUCUUAGCUGUUUUCCUACUAGUCCUGAAUGAAGAUAAAGGUUUUUAAAAACAUGUCAAAGUAGCUCUAUUUUUAUUAUAGAUGAUAACAAUCUGUUUCUAAAAACGUUUAUAGUUGAGCAGGCUGCAGCACAAAUGUAAAAUAAUUAUCCCUUUUAUUUAUUUCAUAUCAAUCAAAUUAACUUCCGUUUUUAAUGAUUUGUCAAGUAACAUCACCAGAAUAUAUAUUUUUGUAAAAAAAUGAAGUGAGAAAUAUAAAGGCUUUUGAACAAUAUCAUUAUUGUGUAACUCAUCAGUGUAGGUUGUAACAGGAGUCUGUGAGAAGGAAGCAUUUAUCCUCCCUCAUGGAAGUAGAAUAAUAAUACAGUGUCUUAGAAAACCGUAGGAAACAGUAGUUUGACAAAGAAAAAAAAACUUGACUCAAGGUCCAGUUGCAAGCUUUUCCCAAUAAGUAUGCUGCAAGAUUAAAGGGGUUGAUAAAAAAAAUAAUUUGUGAGUUUUUCUAAAUCUCAUUACAAAGUUUUAAAAGCACAACAUUAUAAUACAUUAUAUUAUCACUCCUGUUUAUCACAUCAAGCCUUAAAUGUUUCCAGCAAAAAAUAAAUAAAAAGGGUUGUUGUGUGAAUGACAUUCAUAUCAUGUUAAAAAAAACACGUGGGAUUGUCAGGUCUUUAUAAGGGGGUGAUUCAAGUCUGGGCUGUUUUUGUCACACUCUUUGUGGUGUUUCACACCAGGAAACCCUUGUGGCACUUGUCGGCUCUGAAAUAUUGAACAUGGUUCUUUUCAAACUGCUUAUAUUCACUUUAACAUUUUACAAAUUCAUUGUUGAUUUGGAUGCUAGGAGGUUUUGCCCAAAAGGUCACAGAGUAGGUAAGAUUGGUUGUGAAAAAUGCCCCAAUGAAGGUUUCCAGCCUGAAAUGAAUGAUGCCCAACACUGCAAACCGUGUACAAAAUGUGAUGUCGAAUCGGGAAGUGAUGUUAAAGAGAAGUGCACGAGAGAGACAAACACAAAAUGUCAGUGCCGUGGAGAAUUUGUUCCCUGGGAAAGAGAUUCUUCCUCUUGCAAAUGUACAGAUGGAUAUUUCCGUGUCAACUCGCACUGUCAAAAAUGGAAAGAAUGUAAAUGUGGAGUGAAAAAUAUUGGAACCAAGUCCUCAGAUGCCAUCUGUAGUGAGGGGUGUAGUGAUGCAAGUAACACUUACAUCACUACACCCCCCACAUCAAACAAAAUGGUUUCUCUAAUCACAUCAAUCAAAUCAACAUCCCGCCAUCCUCAUGAGAGGGCCCAUACUCAGAGGAUGCAUACGAGAACCACCACCACGGCUGCUCCAGGACACACAGCCUACAUUGGUACAGGUAUGGCCUUCCUCAUACUUGGAAUAAUUGGACUUCUUGUACUGACCGCUGUGACCUGCAAGCUGCACAUUACUCCUCAACCAGCAGCACCAAAAAAGGACUCAUUGUGUCGGAGGCCAGUUGAGGAAAGCGGCGAGGGCAGUUUGUCCUCGCUCAAACUGAUGCCAGGGCAGCACUGAGGUCUUAAAUGAAUCAACUAAGACUGUGAAUUAUUGUAUCAAAUAAUCAUCAUACGAAUCAUUUCAUACCGACCACUUAUAUUUUCCUUGUAGUGUUGGUUUUACAUCAGAAAGAUUACUUACUGUGGCAGGUGUAUGCAGUAUGGUCAAUAUUUGACUUGUGUUUGUUCUGUUGUAAUAGAAUAUUGUUCAAAUUAUGUGAAAGAGAUCACACCACACUCUUUUGCAAACUAACUGUAGUUUACAGUUAGAUAGUAAAAGGUAGCUUUUACUACUUCAGGUGUUUUCUUUAGUAAGAUAAUUAAACUCAAAUUUACUUUCUGUGUAUCCUUGAUAUUUAACCGCAGAGAUCAUGUUACUAAAUACCACAUGGUAUUUUAUAUUAUAUCUCGCUAAAAUGGGGCAAGUGACACAAGUCUGAGAAAUACACAGUAUUUACAGUAUUGUAGUAGAGGUAGUAACAAUCAAUACCUAUGAUUAUGAACGGCUGGAGAGCCUUAGAUAAACACAUUUUACUAUCUUCACACAGUCUGUCUGUCUCUAUUUUUGUCAUGUUUUGAUGAUUCAGUUCUGUUCCACCGAUAGCAGAGAACAGUGCUUUCAGUGGUGUGUGGGGUUGGGGGAGAUCCCCUUGUGCCUCUCUUUCCCAUUGAGAGAUACUUGCUCUCGUGUUUUUGUUUCAGCCGUUAGAAAGAUUGAUGUUGUAAACGUACAGACUUUCAUGUUGUUCAUACCUCACUGGAGACUUUCCCCAGCUCAGUACAGUCAAAUGAGUUAUGAAAGCAUACCCUCAUUAUUUCUAUUUACUAAUGUUACGCUAAGAAAUCAGAUAAACAAGCCUUCAAAUCACAGGUGGCUUGGUGUGUAUCUGGCUGGCUCUAUGUGUCAAUACAACAAUGUGAAAGUACAGAUGUUUUAGGAGUAAAAUAUGGAUGUAAAGUAUGAAAAGUAAAAGUAUUCUGCUGAAAAAUGUGCAAUAUUUUACAAUAUUACCAUAUAAUAAUAAAUCACUGGUUUAAACACAAUGUGUUGUAUUUUUAUAAAUUCAGCAUAUAUUUGUUUUAGAUACAAAAUCUUAAUCUGGAAAGUAACUGUAGAUGUCAAAUAAAAGUAGUGGAUAGUGGAGUUAAAAGUACAAUGUUGCCCUCUGAAAUGUAGUGAAGUAGAACUAUAAAGUAUCAUGAAAUGGAAAUACUAAAGUAAAGUAGGCCCACCUUAGACUUGUACUAAGUUUACAGUACUUAAGUACUUAGUAACUUUCUUCACUGUUUAAACAACAACACACUAGUUGCUAUCUGACUCUUAUUGUAAAGCACGUUUUCUGUCAAAUAUUUUGUCUCCGAUCUUUGUUCUCCGUUUUCAAAAUGCACUGUGAUGUCCUGAGAAUGUGUGAAUAAAUAUUUGGCCCUAAACUA